UAUUGAAUUGAAAGUUGAAAAAAGAUAUUCAAUAAUUUGUUUUUAACUCGAAUCAUAUUUAAAAACAAAAAACUUGUUACCAUCCUAGCUGAAAAACAAAACGACCAACCAAAAAUUAUGUCCAAAUCUGUAUCAUUGUAUAGUGGAGAAUUAAGAAAUAUCUCAAUUAAAAAGUUUUUGGAAUGUUAUGGGAAACAGGAAUGCCUAUGGAAUUCUAGGCUUAGUUCGUAUAAAGACAAGGGAGCAAGACACGAAGCAUAUGAACAAAUCAUAAAAGAACUUAACAUGAAUGGAAUUACACAUAAUGAUAUUAGGGCAAAGAUUAAGGGCGUACGAACCACUUAUAAAAAGGAAUUGGAAACUUCUCUGUUUAAGAAAUCAAAAGGACUACCACAUGAGCCAAAAUUGUCCUGGUUUAAACAAGCUGAUGCAUUUUUACGAUCAGUGUCAACAUCACGUAAACCAAAAUACCCGGAUAAAGUAGAAGAAAAUGUGAUUGACCAAAAUACUAAAAUUGCAACUCAAGUAUUAAAUCCAUCAAUAGCAAUGAAACGAAGAGAAACUAUGUCCGAAGAUGAAACACAUAACCAAUGUGAAGAUGAAAAAGUUAAUCCAAACAAUAUAAGUUUUGAAGGAGUACAAACAGAAGAGGGUUAUCCGUAUGAAGAUUAUGUUGAAGAACAUACAUUUAUUAAAGAAGAUCAAACUUCACAUGCAGAAAAACACAAUCCAAAUAACAGUUCAGCGUCCAUUCAAACUUACUACAGGGUUGAACCUCCCAGAGACGAUGAUUAUCAGCAAUUUUGCAAUAGUGUUGCAGCACAGCUUAGAAGUAUUCCGGAUGCUUAUUCUAGAUCAGUCGCAAAAUUUAAAAUCCAGCAAAUUCUUUUUGAAGCUGAAACUGGUCAUUACAAGAAAAGUGCCUGUGUUACAAUACCAAUUACACAUUAAAAAACAUGACUAAAUAUUGGUUUAAUUUUAAUAUACAUUUUUAUUUUUUAAUGUAAACAGUUUAAAUUUUAGUUUAUACAAUGUAGAUAAUUAUUGGAAAAGUUAAUAUACUUUUUAGAACAUAUAAACUUUUUUGAAAAA